AAUCGUUCCACCCCUUUCCUCUCCACCUCCCAAUUCCAAGCUUGCUACAAAUUCUUUGCAAAUUUGCAACUAGCUAUAGCCUGUGAGGUUUUGUGCACCAUGGGCAUGGCUGAGAAGAGUUCGGUGGCAAGGAAGGCCGGGUUGAUCACCAAGACGCUAGACCGGUGCCGGAGCACGGUGGCGAGGAACAAGCCAACGGAGGGCUGCUUCUCGGUGUAUGUCGGUGUAGACAGACAACGGUACAUGGUGCGGACGGAGUGCUUGAGCCACCCGUUGUUCCAGGCGCUGCUGGAGGAGGCCGAGGAGGCGUUUGGGUACGCGGACGCGGGUCCCCUUGAGCUGCCCUGCAACACCGAGGCGUUCGCCAAGGUGCUGGAGAAGAUCGAGGAGGAGAAGCAGAUGGUGGCGCGGAGGAGGCACAACCUUCUCAGGGGAAACUCCUAUCGGUCACUUGGCACAGGCUGGCCUAUGAUCGUCAGCCGGUCGUAACACAUGUCUUUGGAUUGGAUGAUGCCGAGUUGAUGAGCUUUGAGUUUCUGUUGAGCUCGCAUUCUCAUAUUAUCAUGUACACAGUUGAAAACAACCUUAGCUCCCGAGUAUGGUAAACAACAUUACCAUAGACCGGGCAAUGUUAGAUAUUUUUCCUCUUUAUUCUUUUUUCAAUUUCUGUGAGAAGGCAAUGUUAGAUGUUAAUGUGUGUUCUCCUCCUAAGUUGUAGCAAUUGUAUGUGAAAGUGGUAUACAGAUACACGAUAGAAUUUGUAAGUUUUGUGAUGAUUAUAUAUGGCGUAAUAUCGUAAUUUUAAAA